CGUCCGCCACUUUGUCGAAACCUGCAGCAAUGUAUCCUCCCAUCAAGCCCUACGAGUCUGGUUUUUUCCAGGGCGCGAAUUCAGAGAAACAUCAGCUUUAUUAUGAAGUGAGUGGAAACAAGGAAGGCGAUCCAGUUGUCUUUCUCCACGGGGGUCCAGGAGGUGGAACAGAUCCGGAGGAUAGACAGUUCUUUAACCCCGAGAAAUACAAGGUAAGAAACAGAAAGAGCGCGGAAUUAGAGAACAAUACAACGUGGGACCUCGUAAAAGACAUCGAGGUCCUUCGGCAGAAACUGGAUGUCACGAAAUGGCACGUAUUUGGUGGUAGCUGGGUUUGUACACAUCCAGACAGAGUCAAGUCCCUCGUACUCCGUGGAAUCCUCACGCUAAGACGAAGCGAACUGCGAUUCUUCUAUCAGGAUGGCACUUCCCAUCUUUUCCCAGAACAAUGGGAAGAAUACCUUGCCCCAAUUCCAGAGGCUGAACAGCACGACAUGAUAAGGCAGUACCACAGCCGCUUGCACUCUCCAGACGAAAAUAUCAGACUGGCCGCUGCAAAGGCGUGGGUGAAGUGGGAGAUGGCUACAUCGAGGUUGAUCGUAAGUGCGGAUGCUGUCGCCCAAGCGGAGAAAGAUGACUUCGCAAACACAUCUGCUCGGAUCGAAAAUCAUUAUUUCGUCAAUGAGGGCUUCAUGCGUGAUGGUCAAUUGCUUGAGAAGCAGGAAAUCGAUAAGAUUCGUCACAUUCCAACUAUCGUGGUUCAAGGAAGAUACGAUGUUAUAUGCACUGCGACUACUGCUUGGGCUCUGAAACGGACCUGGCCAGAAAUUACGCUGCACAUCAUCCCAGAUGCAGGGCACUCUUCGCGCGAGCCUGGCAUCGAGAAGAAGCUUGUAGAGGCAGCUGAUAUCAUGGCUUCCAAGGGUUUGUAGUAACACGAGGUCUAUGAUCAGAAGAAAGAUUUUGAGAUGAUUUAUGUAAGAUACUCAACAUAUCAUGAUGAAGCUUUAAGUUGUACAUGAUGCGGUAGCAUUACACGUUGUUUGGAAUACAGAGCAAUAAGUAUACAAGUGCGUGCAGGAAAUCAUCGACGAUCGUCUAUUAUUG